AUGAACUACAAACUGACACAGCUUCGGACGGUUCAUGGAAGACUGGCUUUGAAAUUUCUUGAUUGGGUACUGCAUCAACCAGGUUUUGAUCAAGUAGCUCAGAUCUUCUGCAUCACGUCCCAUUUACUUAUCCGGGCUCGAAUGUAUGAACCUGCUAAAUCGGUGUUGAAGCAUCUCACUACAACUGGCAUGGGUUCCCGAGCCAUUUUUGACAAUCUAAUGGAUAGUUACCGCCAUUGCAGCUCCAACCCUUCAGUCUUUGACCUCUUAAUAAAGAUCUAUGUUCAAGAAGGUAUGCUCACAGAUGCUGUGGAGACCUUUCGCAUGAUGAGUGCCAGAGGAUUCAAGGCUUCCAUCUGUACUUGCAAUAGCAUCCUUGCUGCUCUGUCAAGAGAAGGACGAAUGAGUUCGGUUAGGCUGUUCUUCAAGGAGAUGUUAUCGAAGAAGAUCUGCCCUGAUCUGAGCACGUUCACUACAGUGCUUAAUUCUCUCUGCUUUGAGGGCAGGUUUAGAACAGCCGACUACCUGCUGAGGAAGAUGUCAGAUAUCGGAUAUAAACCGAGCAUUGUCCCUUGUAAUAUACUCCUCAAUUUUUAUUUCAAGAGGGCCAAAUAUAAAGCGGCGAUAAGGCUGAUAAAUUUCAUGGAAAAUCAAGGCAUCAAGGCAGAUGUGUGCACUUAUAACGUGAUCAUCGAUAAUUUAUGCAAAAAAAAAAGGAGCGCCAGAGCUUAUUUAUUGUUGAAGAAGAUGAGGAAGAACAAAAUACUUCCCAACAAUGUUACCUACAAUACAGUUAUCAAUGGAUUCUGUAAGGAGCAGAAAAUCGGUGCUGCUACCAAGGUUUUGAAUGAAAUGCUGAGACAGAACAUCGAGCCGAAUGCCAUCACUUACAACACGUUAAUUGAUGGGCACUGCCGUCAUGGGAACAUGGAAGCGGCCUUGGAGCUUCUUCAUGAAAUGGAGGCUGUAGGGCUUGUUCCAAACAUGGUGACUUACAGUGCUCUCUUAAAGGGGCUCUGUCAGCACUCAGAGCUGAGCAGUGCUGUGAAGCUUUUUGAAGAUAUGAGGUCAAAUGGGCUCGUCAAUCAUAUGGUUUACACGACCUUGAUCGAUGGGUUUUGCAGGGCAGGGCAGCUGCCUGAAGCGCUUCAAAUUCUUGGGAAUAUGGUUGAAGCAGGGUUUGAUCCCGAUGUUGUUACGUUUUCUGUAAUUGUGAAUGGGUUUUCCAAAAUGGGAAGGGUGCGCCACACAGAAGAGCUACUCUGCAACAUGCUCAGAUCUGGCAUUCAGCCCAAUAAAAUCUUAUAUGCGACAUUGAUACACAACCUAUGCAAAAAUGGCGAGAUCAUGAAGGCCAUGAGAAUGUACACUAAUAUGUCUCGCAGAGGACAUGGCGCUGACUUAAUUACAUGUAACACGCUUCUGGCUGCUCUCUGCAGGGAUGGUCAGUUGAGCAAUGCAGAGGAGUUCUUGCAACAUAUGGUCAGGAUUCAGGUAGCUCCGAGCACCACUAGUUUCAAUUAUGUUAUGGAUGCAUAUGCUAGCAGAGGUGAUGGACGAGGAGUCCUAGACAUUUUUUAUCCAAUGGUGAGGCAGGGUUGGCUUCCGAGUGUUUCUACCUAUGGAAGCUUACUUAAAGGGCUAUGCAGGUGUGGGAAUCUGGAGGAGGCCAAGAACCUCUUCUACAAGCUUCUUGAUGCUUCUUGGGGUGUUGACAAUUAUCUUUGUAAUCGAUUUCUCGCUGAGCUCUGUAAAGAAGGGCACCUGGAAGAUGCUCUAAGCUUAUGCGACAGUAUGAUUGAGAGGAACAUAGAACCUGAUGUUCACACAUACACAAUAAUCAUCGGUGGGUUCAGCAGGAAAGGACAAAUUCUUCCAGCAGUAGCUCUCCUCCAAAGGAUGGAGGAGAAGGAUUUGCUUCCAUGUCAUGUUGCCUACACCUGUGUGGUUAAUGGUCUGAUCAAAGAAGGGCAAAUAAAAGCCUCUUCUUACAUUUUUGAUGAGAUGUUGGUAAGCAGCAGUUAUUAUGAUGUUGCAACAUUCAAUGUCAUGAUUGAUGGAUAUUCAAAGGCUGGACAGAUGCCAAUUGUGGAUAGGCUUUUCUCCAUGAUGCUGGAUGCAGGUUUGCGCCCAAGUCUAGCUACUUAUAACAUCAUUAUCCAUGGGUACUCCAGGAAGCGGCACUUGUCAAGAACAUUUGACCUGUAUAAAACCAUGGUCCAGAGGGAUUACUUGCCUGAUAAUGUAACCUACCAUGCUCUAAUUCUUGGGAUGUGCGAGUGUGAGAUGUUAGACAUUGGGGUGAAAUUUCUUGAAAAGAUGGUGAGGAGUGGUGUAUUCCCCGACUCUUUAACAUUGAACAUGCUGAUUUGUAGAUGCUGUCAGAAGGGUCACAUGGAAUCCGCAUUCAAGGUAUUAAAUUGUUUGACUUUAUUAGGGGUCGCGCCUAAUGAAGUUGCCUACCAUUCCAUCAUCGAUGAACUAAAUAAAAGAGGAGCUUUCAGAGAAUCUCAUAGUCUGAUGCAUGAGAUGAAGGAGAGAGGGUUUUCUCUGAAGCACACACACUAUAUUACAUUGAUUAAUGGAAAGUGCAGAGCAGGAGACAUACACGGAGCUUUCAGACUUAAGGAUGAGAUGGAAGCGUUGGGUGUUGCCCCUUCGGAGGUGGCUGAGAGUGCCAUUGUAAGAGGUCUUUGCAGAUGUGGGAAACUUGAAGAAGCGAUGUUAGUUCUGGAUUAUAUGCUUCGUGGUCGUCUGGUGCCAACAAUAGCAACUUUCACAAGUCUGAUCCAUGGAUUCUGUAAAGAAGCCAGGCUUGAAAAUGCCCUGUAUAUCAGAGAUGUGAUGGAAAACUGUGGCGUGAAACCUGACCUCGUGGUCUACAAUGUCCUCAUCACUGGAUUAUGCAGUCAGGGUCAAUGUUCUCUUGCCUGGAAACUCUACGACGAGAUGAAAGGAAAGGGUCUUUGGCCCAAUAUCACCACAUUCAUUGUACUAAUCAGUGCGAUUUAUAAAGAAAAUGAUAUCGUCAGAGGGAAGAUGCUUUUAGAGGACAUACAGAACAGAGGCUUGAUAUCUCUGGACAAAAGUGACGAAAGUUUGCUGGAGAGAUUAAUCUCUGCAUCGAAAAGAUUAAAUUUCUUGAGGAACUGUCGAAGAAAUGCAAUAUGA